CGAGCCUUCUCAUUGAUUCAAUUUUGACGACUGAGCGAUUGACUUAACUUUGCUAGCACAGACGUUCUUCCACUUCUGCCUGUCCAGCGUAAGCUGGGACAAGGUGCCUGUUAGACCAACCAUUUUGAGGUCUUUUACAGUCCUGUCUUUCCAUCUUAGUCUGACCCCAUGCGCUGCACGAGUUGAUGGUAGCCAAGCAUAAAGCAGCUGCUUGGGCAGACGAUGAUCUUCUAUACGUUCUAGAUGACCAAGCCAUCUAAGACGCUGGCCAUCAAAGAGUCUUCUGCAGUUUCAAGAUUGCCAAACUCGUGCCUGAUGUCAUUUGAUGUGAUUCGUUCCAAUUGUUGUUUGAACUUGUCUAUACCGAUCAUGAAACGUUGACAUUAAUUUGUAAAUGUGACAAGCCUUGUGACAUCUCUUCUAGUCACGGCCCAAGACUUUCCCUGACUUUGCAAUUCCUAAUGAAAGUUCAGAUUCAAUAAUGUUCAACACGUAUUUGAUAUAGAUUCUUACCUUAAAAAUCAGUCCACCACCGUGCUCCAAUCCUUUUUCAAUUGCCCCACCAUGCCUCUAUCCUCUAAUAUUAAUAGCAUUAUUCAAUGUCAUAAGCAGACAUACGACGUGAACACAAAUCGGGUAGUGCGAGCAUGCGCAGUCCGCGAGUUUGUCGUUGCCAUGCAGCCUUUCAACGCCAUGUUUCGCGACCGUGUGUUCACCGCUACAAUACCAUUGAUAUGUACACUCAAACUCCCCUUAUCCGGACGCCCCAUAUCCGGGCACGUCCGUCUACCGGGAACCCCAAUAUUGCACAAUUGCAUCACGUGUAUUGCGCGUGGUCCACGUGCACGAGGUCGAGAUAAAGGUCGUGUAAUCAAAAGUCCAGUACUAGUCCAGUUACUUGUCGACAGAUAGCCAUACUUAGGUGCUAGUUUCUUAUUUACAGCUUGUAAGACUUACCUGAAGAUGUCUGAGACUAGACCAACGCAGACGCCUGCCCCGCAGAAGCGAAAGAGGUCUGUGAUGACGCUCGAGACAAAGAUGGAGAUUGUGCGCGAGCUUCAGGGGGGAAAGUCGCAAAGGAUCGUGGCUGAAAAGUUUGGAGUCGCUAAGUCCACUGUCGGAGAUAUUUGGAAGGACCGCCAGAAAAUCGAGGACUGUGUUUUGUCUAGUGAGUCGCUGGUAUUUGCGAAAAAACCCUGCAUUGUUCGUGACCCAAAGUUUGAACUGGUGGAUGCGGCUUGCUGGAAAUGGUUUUGUCAGCAGCGCUCAAAAGGAGCGCCUGUGUCUGGUGUCUUGCUUCAUGAAAAAGCACGAGUAUUUUUUGCGAAGCUCUACCCUGAUGCUGACCCAGAGAGUUUCAAGGGCAGCACAGGAUUGCUCCGGAAGUUCAACCUGCGUCAUGGCAUAAAGAACACGGCAUUGCGUGGUGAGAUUUUGUCAGCGGAUAUGUCAGCUGUUGGUCCAUUUCGUGAGGAACUUCAGAAGCUGGUGGAGAGCGAGGGAUAUUCCCGGGAUCAAAUCUUCAAUGCGGAUGAGACAGGAUUAUGGUGGCGACUAACUCCUUCUUCAUCUUUGAACUCUACAGGCAAAACACGGGCUGCUAACUUCAAGAAGGCCAAAGACCGUGUCACUCUUCUUGCUUGUGCUAAUGCCUCUGGAACACACCGUCUUCCAUUAUUGCUCAUUAAUAAAAGUCAGAAACCAAGGUGCUUCAAGCAAAUGGAUAUGAACAACCUUCCUGUCCAUUAUUAUGCUCAGAAUAAGUCAUGGAUGGACUGCAGGCUGUUUACUGAGUGGUUCCAUGAACAAAAGUCAGAAACCAAGGUGCUUCAAGCAAAUGCUCAGAAUAAGUCAUGGAUGGACUGCAGGCUGUUUACUGAGUGGUUCCAUGAACGGUUUGUACCAUCUGUCAGGAAGUUCUGCCGUGACAAAGGGAUUGAGGAGAAGGCACUUCUGUUGGUGGACAAUGCACCAUCUCAUCCAUCUUCAGCAACACUUCAUCUGAGGAUGGCAGGGUGAAAACACUAUUUUUGCCAACCAAUACAACGUCUGUGAUUCAACCAAUGGAUCAAGGUGUUCUAGAACCAUGUAAGAAACGGUACAAACGUAAGUUGCUAUCACACAUCAUCAUGGAAAAUGAGUCCCCUCAUUUGUCUGUGCCUGAGAUCCUCCAGAAAGUCACCUUAAAGGAUGUUGUCUACUGGAUCUCGGCUGCUUGGAAUG